CAUCUUCGGAUCUUCCCAUCCUAUUUCCAAUUUUACUCUAAAAUAAGAAAAAUUCUCUUUAUACAAUCAUUAUUUUGGGUAAAAUUACAAUUUUUCUCCAUUCAUCCUUCACAUCUUUUCUUCAUUCCCUAUUUAAUUACAUUUGUUUGCUUUUUAAUCUUUUCAGUCACAAUAGUGCUUCAAGAAUAAUACUUGUUUGCAAAUUUUUCCUGAUGGGUAGUUUGCAACUUUGUUUAAAAUUAGGAGGAAUUAAACUUGUAGAAUUCAUACCCAACUUAUCAUCCACACUUUGCUCAAGCAAGGGAAUUUCUUUUUCAACUUUCCCAAACCCAAUUACAGCUUAUAGAAGAAAAUGCCCAGAAUUAAAGGUUUAUCAUCAUAAAAUUCUGGCGUUUUCUUCUGCUGCGGGAGAAAAAUUAGGGAGUAAUUGUGAAAAUUUUGGUCUAAAUGAUGAAAAUGGAGGUGGGUUUUUGAAAUUAUCAGAUGAGGAGUUGAUGAGUCAAUGUGAAAUGGGGACUUUUAAGGCUUCUGGUCCAGGUGGCCAGCAUAGGAAUAAAAGGGAAUCUGCUGUUCGUCUCAAACAUCUUCCUACUGGCAUCAUUGCUCAGGCAGUUGAAGAUCGGUCACAACACAUGAAUCGUGCCUCAGCCUUACUGCGACUACGAGCCCUUUUAGCUCUUAAAGUAAGAAGACCUGUGGAUCUCAAUGCUUAUUCUCCACCAUUGGAGCUUCUUCAAAUUCUUCCGGUAAAGUCCACUAUUAGGGGAUCAGAAAUCGGUCCACAAAUUAAGUCUAACAAUCCAAAAUUUAUUGAGGGAAUGCAAGCACUAUUAGAUUUAAUCUAUGCAGUUGAAGGGUCCAUAUCGGAUGCUGCUAAAAUUUUAGGGCUGAGCACAGGAGCUCUAUCACGGCUUAUCCUGUCCGAUGACAGCCUUCGUGGAGCAGUUAAUGAGCUAAGAGCAUUGAAGGGAAUGAAGCCUCUCAAGUAAAAUCAUCUUAUAAGUUCGGUAACUUUCAUUUCCCCUUGUCUUGCGUUUUGGAUUUAAGUGCAAAUCGGUGUUACUUAAUUCUCUUUUUAAUUUUACAAUUUGCCCAAGAGAAUGGGCUGGAAAACUAAAAGCAACUAUUUUUCACUUGUAUCAGUUUGCAAUUUAUCAUUUGCAUGGAGAUUAACGAAUUACGGGAUACUGUUGUGAAUUAAAAUUAGGGCUCGUAUGGAAGUGUCAGUAGUACCUUCUCUGAGAUAAAAUCUCAAUUGAGAGAAGUAAACUUCUCCCCGCUGUUUCUAUAUGAGAAAAUUUUGCAAGUUUCUGUUGUGUUGAUCUUUUUUAUAUCUCCUGUGGAGCGAAAUGCAGUUCACGUUUCAUACUUUAUACUUUCAUAGUAGAAUCAAGAAUUUAUCAUAUUAGGCAUUAGCUAGAUGUCUAGUUGUGGGGCCUCUGUGACUAUUUAUUACUACUUCUAUAGACUCAGAUUCGACCGUAAUUUGAUGGUUUGUCCUUUUUGUAUUAUUUUAUUUGAAUUGGAUUUGGGUUUGCUAUGUUAGGGUUUGGAUAAGUUUUAUUGUAGCAGCCCUGAAUUAUGAAUGUAAGACUAACUCGAAUUAUUAUAAAUUAAGCGGAAGUUUAUUUUUGCCAA